CCUCUCUGGUGAUGGAGACACUGGAGGAAGCUGAACUGUGCUUUCCACAGCUCAACACCUCAUGCAGGAAGCGCCCACGCAGUCAGACUGAAGCCAUUGUCAUCUACACCCUGAUGCCUUGCUUUUCUCUGAUCACUGUGGUUCUCAACCUGUUGGUCAUUGUCUCCAUCUCCCACUUCAGGCAGCUCCACACUCCCACCAACCUCCUCCUCCUCUCUCUGGCUGUCUCUGAUUUUCUUGUUGGUCUAUUUGUGGUGCCGUUUGAGAUGAUUUUAGCUGAACCCUGUUGGCUCCUGGGUGACCUGGCAUGUGUGCUGUGUUCUUUCUUACCUUUUAUUAGUGUUCCUGCCACCGCAGGUAACAUGGUUCUUAUAUCAAUCGACCGUUACGUGGCCGUCUGUGACCCUUUACGUUACCCCACCAAACUGACUCAAAAGACAGUUAAAGGUCUAAUUCUUCUGUGUUGGGUUUACUCUGUUCUCUAUAACUUUCUGUUUUUAUUUGAUAACCUGAGGCAACCAGGUGGGUUUAACUCCUGCUAUGGACAAUGUGUGAUUACUGUUAAUGGAACUGUUGAUCUAGUCAUAAGGUUCAUCAUCCCCAUCUCAGCCAUCAUCAUCCUGUAUGUGAGGGUGUUUGUGGUGGCUGUGUCUCAGGCUCGUUCCAUGCGUUCCCACGUUACAGCUGUUAAACUGCAGCGUUCACUGACUGUGACUGUUCAGAGGUCAGAGCUAAAAGCAGCCAGGACUCUGGGUGUGGUUGUUGCUGUGUUUCUCAUGUGUUACUGUCCAUAUUAUGGCAUCUCGCUGUCUGGCUACAGCCUGAAGAUGGGUUCUUCAGUUAACAUUGUUAUGUUUAUUCUUGUGAUACUUAACUCCAGUUUGAAUCCUGUGAUUUACGCCUUUUUUUAUCCAUGGUUUAGAAAAUCUGUCAAACUAAUUGUCACCCUUCAGAUCCUAAAGCCUCUUUCCUUUCAGGCCAAAGUACUGUAAUAAACUAUUUGUAACAAUAAAGACAUGA